AUGUUAAGAUCGGUUAGUAAGACUUUGAAGUUCAAGUCAUUCCGUGUGGGGGUCUCUAAGUUCUCCACUAGUUCUAUCUUUAGAACCCAAGCAAUCCCUGAUGCAUCUGAAACCACUGCCACAGGACAAUUUGUCAAGACUGUUUCCAAACCAUAUACAGUCACCACUUAUUCUCGUCCAAAUUUAGUAUUAACCCAUGGUAAAGGUUCAUAUAUCUAUGAUCUUGAGAACCGAAAAUAUAUUGAUUUCUAUGCCGGUAUAGCUGUUACUAGUUUAGGACAUUCCAAUCCUGAAAUUACCAAUAUCAUAAAUGAUCAAUCCACCAAAUUAUUACAUUGUUCAAAUUUAUUUUAUAAUUUACCAGCAGGAGAAUUGGCUAAUAAUUUAGUCAACAAGACUAAAUCAUUUGAUGGGAUGUCUGAAGCAUCACGAGUAUUUUUAUGUAAUUCCGGUACAGAAGCCAAUGAAGCAGCAUUGAAAUUUGCCAGGAAAUAUGGGAAAUCAAUUGAUGAAGAAAAAUAUGAAAUUAUUACAUUUGAAAAUUCAUUUCAUGGUAGAAGUAUGGGUGCACUUUCAGUCACUCCAAAUCCAAAAUAUCAAGCUCCAUUUGCUCCAUUAAUCCCAGGGGUUAAAGUUGCCAAUACCAAUGAUAUCGAAUCAGUUAAGAAAUUGAUUAAUAAGGAUAAGACAUGUGCUGUUAUUAUUGAACCUAUUCAAGGUGAAGGUGGGGUGAAUGUGGUUUCAACUGAGUUCUUACAACAACUUCGUGAUUUAUGUAAUGAGAAUGAUGUUAUAUUAAUCUAUGAUGAAAUCCAAUGUGGUUUAGGACGUACUGGGAAAUUAUGGGCACAUAGUGAUUUACCUGCCAGUGCUCAUCCAGAUAUUGUGACUAUGGCAAAAGCAUUAGGUAAUGGGUUCCCAAUUGGUGCUACUAUGGUUAGUGAAAAAGUUGAAAGUGUGUUAAGAGUUGGUGAUCAUGGCACUACUUAUGGUGGUAAUCCUUUAGGUUCACGUAUUGGUAAUUAUGUCGUUGAAACUAUUGCACAACCUGAAUUCUUGGAAGAGGUUAAUAAGAAAUCACAAAGGUUUAUUAAGGGGUUACAAAAGAUCGCUGAUACUUAUCCUGAUAAGAUUGUUGAUAUUAAGGGUAAAGGAUUAUUAUUAGGACUUCAAUUUGAUGCUACUGCUGAUAUUGGAGAGAUUGUUAGUAAGUGUAGACAACGUGGCUUGUUGAUUAUUACUGCUGGUAAUAAUGUGAUUAGAAUUGUUCCUGCCUUGAACAUUCCUGAUGAAACCAUUGAUGAAGGUUUAAAGAUCUUAUCAGAAUCAAUUGGUGAAGUGUGUACGUAG